CCCCGGGCCAAUAAAAUGAUGCAAAGCUCCGCGCUCGCUGCCGAAGGGGCUGUCAAGGGGCUUCCCGAGAUCCUCGGUGUGCCGGUGCAACAGAUCCCCCAGUGCGCCGGCUGCAACCAGCACAUCCUGGACAAGUUCAUCCUCAAGGUCCUGGACCGGCACUGGCACAGCUCCUGCCUCAAGUGCGCCGACUGCCAGAUGCAGCUGGCCGAGCGCUGCUUCUCCCGGGCCGGCAGCGUCUACUGCAAGGAGGAUUUCUUCAAGCGUUUCGGGACCAAAUGCACGGCGUGCCAGCAGGGCAUCCCCCCGACCCAGGUGGUCCGCAAAGCCCAGGACUUCGUGUACCACCUGCACUGCUUCGCCUGCAUCAUCUGCAGCCGGCAGCUGGCCACGGGCGACGAGUUCUACCUGAUGGAGGACGGGCGGCUGGUCUGCAAGGAGGACUACGAGACUGCCAAGCAGAACGGUAGGCACCCCAAAAACGCUGUGAGGGGUGGCCGCGGCUCGUGUCGCUGUGGGAAGGUGUCGCUGCGGGCUCUGGAACAGCCGGAUUUGCGGAGUUAUUCCCCAGUGUGGUCGGGGAUGCUACCGGCUGCUUCGCUUGCAGAUGACUCCGAGGCGGGCGCGAAGCGGCCCCGGACCACGAUCACGGCCAAGCAGCUGGAGACGCUGAAGAACGCCUACAAAAACUCCCCCAAGCCCGCCCGGCAUGUGCGGGAGCAGCUCUCCUCCGAGACGGGGCUGGACAUGAGRGUGGUGCAGGUGUGGUUCCAGAACCGGCGGGCCAAGGAGAAGCGGCUSAAGAAGGACGCGGGGCGGCAUCGCUGGGGGCAGUUCUACAAGAGCGUGAAGCGGAGCCGCGGCGGGGGGAAGCUGGAGAAGGAGAGCUCGGCCGAGGACUGCGGCGUCAGCGACAGCGAGCUCAGCUUCCGCGAAGACCAGAUCCUCUCCGAGCUCGGCCACAACAACAGGGUGUACGGCUCCGUGGGGGACGCGGCGGGCGGACAAUUGCUGAACGGCGGCUUCUCCAUGGAGGGCACGGGACAGACGUACCAGGACUUGCGGGACGGCAGCCCCUACGGCCUCCCGCAGUCGCCGUCCUCCAUCUCGUCGCUGCCGGCCCACCCGCCCUUGCUCAACGGGCUGGACUACGCCAUGGACGGCAGCCUGGGGCUGGUGGCCCACGGGGCGCAGGGGGUGAGUCAGACGCUGCGGGCCAUGGCCGGGGGGGGCCCCACCUCCGACAUCUCCACGGGGAGCAGCGUCGGGUACCCAGACUUUCCCACCAGCCCGGCCUCCUGGCUGGACGACAUGGAUCACCCCCCUUUCUAAGCGCUGCUCGCCCCCCGCCCCCCGCGCUCCCCCAGCCCGCAAGCGCAGCACUGAGGGCACCCGCCGGCGGUUGACCUUUCCAGGAUUUCCCWUGGGAAUUGGCCCUGGAGGGCUGGAGGGAGGGGGGACAGCACUGGCGAUGGCUGGGGGUGGCUGUGCUCGGGCGGGGGGCACGGAUGCCUUUGGGUGUAAGCACAAGAGAGGCGGCGGCGCUGGGGACCCGGCCGGGGCGAGGCCGGCGGGAGGGGAAGAAGGACAAUCAGGGAUGGCAGAGCCCAUCCCGGCACCCGCGCCAGCCCUGCACCCCCCUGCCGAGCACCGCUGCUAUUUUCAAGAGUUAUUUUUCGAUACGGAGUUGAAACGCAACUCGGCGCUGCCCGGAGCCUCAGCGGAAAGAGAAGUCUAUAUUGUAGAAGGGUUUAUUUUGCCGGGGACACGUCCGAGCGGGGCCAGUGCCGCGCUGCCCAGGGCGGUGCUGCCGGGGCCGAUCCUGCCUGCUCCGGGCCGAGUGGCCAUGAUUGAUCCCUGGGCACGCAGGAGCAUCACUGCUUUGUACCGUGGUCACGCGAGAGGGAGGAAUUAAUAAAAAUUGCCUCCAGCCCGGGAUGCCCKCUGGCCAAGCUGUGCCAUGGCAGGGCCAGCUGAGACGCUCGGGGCUGGCACCUGCAGAGCAGCCCUUGCAAGCGGGGCUGAGACAGGUGGGCAACGUUUGCCCUGGGGGUAUUGCAAAGAAAUCCUCCAAAACAGGGGGAAAAGGGUAUUUUGUCAGCUGCAGAAGCACCUGUGUGGUGGGGAAGGGAGGGGAUCGGGCUGUGAGAUGUUCCUGGGAUAGAUCACACACCUCCUUYAGGCACUAAAGGGUGAGUGCAAGCAGCCAGGAGGGAUCCUUUGGCACAUCCCACAAGCCCCGUGGGGUCUGCUCCUGGCCAGGCCCACGCAGCACUAGCCCUUGCUCAAAACCCACAUUCCCCAGCACAGCCACACCCCCACGCUCAGACAUUCAGCCCCAUGGAUGAGAUCCAGCUCCACGCUCUCUGGCCAGUAUGCUCAGCUCUGCCCCAACCCCACAGGGAUGCCCUGGCCAGGGAGUCCCUGCCACCCCCUCUUCUCUGGGGUGAUGCUGAUGAUCCCAGCCCGCCCUUCAAGGGGUGGAUCCAGUUAGUUGGCUCCUUCCAGAGGUGUGGACGCUGCGUA